UUGUCAACGAGUUAAGAAAAUGUUUGCCGCAUAGAAAUAUCAAUAAUUUCUUUGCAAAAGUCGUGGUUUUGGUUAAUAAUUCAAUUUGAAUUUGUUUCACAUUAAUACACUUUAUUACAAUUUUAUUCUUAGCCCUGCUCAGCUAUGAUCGGAUUGCGUGCCAAUAUCUUCAACGAAAAUUUUCUAAAGGAAGCCGACCAAGAUGCAAAUUCAGUUUUGAUUGAGCUUGAUAAGGGACUUAGGUCCGUUAAAAUUGGAGAACAAUGCGAAGCGAUUAUCCGAUUUCCGAAAUUGUUUGAAAAAUAUCCUUACCCAGUUUGCAUAAACUGGUCUUUUCUCAAGUUAUCCGAGGUUUUCCGUAUUGGAUCAAACCUGUCCCGACUCUGGGUAUUGCGCGUUUGCCAGCAAAGUGAAAAGCAUUUGGAAAAGAUACUCAAUGUAGAAGAAUUUGUGAAGCGUAUAUUUAUGGUGAUUCAUUCCAACGAUCCUGUAGCCCGUGCAUUGACUUUGCGAACUCUUGGAUCAGUUGCUUGUGUGAUUCCGGAGAAACAGCAAGUACACCAUGCCAUUCGCAAUGCUUUAGAUAGUCAUGAUGCCGUCGAAGUGGAAGCCGCUAUUUUCGCGAGUGUACAAUUUGCAGCACAGUCAAAGUCGUUUGCUGUUGGAAUGUGCUCCAAAGUUGCAUCUAUGAUUGAAAAUUUACAAACGCCACUAUGUAUGAAAAUACAUCUAAUUCCAGUGCUCCGCCACAUGUACCACGAUGCAAAUACUGCAGCACUAGUACGAACCCUUUGUCGUAACUUACUACCGAAGUAUCCCUCGGAACAAUUUGUAAUUGCCAUCCUCCAAUCAUUGUCCCAUCUUUCUUAUGUUACAUUUGUGGAUAUACCGGACCAAGUAGAUUUGCUGAUAACAUAUCUUGGAGAUCCCAGGAAAAAGGUUCAGCAUGCGGUACUACUGUCGCUUAAUAAAUUGGCCAAAAGGGGUGCAUAUUUGUGGCCACAACUUGCGAUUAACAAUUUGUUGAAGAUGACAAUGCAGUGUAGCUACCCCAAUAUGGCAUUGAAUGUAAUAAUAACACUAACUGCGUGUCCCAAAACAUGUUCUAGUAUCUUGAACGAACCGAUUCAAAUUCUGGAAAUGUGCGAACAUUGUUUGAUGCUAGAACACAGCGGUCAAGCGCUGACAAUUCUAACCAGCCUGGUUUCGUAUGGACUCGCAGAAAAUGUGUCUUCUUCAAGCUAUUGCCUACAACAUCUUACCAUGAACUUGGAAUAUCUUAUGCAUUCUGCAUUGAAUAAUAAUCAGAAUUUGAAAGAUUUCAGAGUGUAUCUGAUAUGCGGUAUUCGAUUGUCGAAAGUACACGAAGAAUUUGGAGAACGCUUUGCCGAAACAAUCGCGGAUUUGCUUGUGGAUGAUGCUGAUAAUUCAUUUCCCCAUCUUCAACUGAUGUGCGAAGCUCUCGGUGCAGUUUGUUCCGUUUUUUCAAAUAAUCAUCAGUACAAAUUGAUUCAGUCGAAUUAUGAGUCCAAACAUCCAUUCCGUGGAAUACUGCCUUCGAUAAUCAAAAAGCUGGACUCGUUUACGGAAUUAACUACUCUGGAUCGUAACAGUAGCAUCAUAAUUGAACUGCUUGCCUCGAUUUGUCUGCAAGUGAUGCUUGGCUCGAUGAUGCCUCAGUGGAUAAGUCAGGUUUUCUAUAAGCUGUCGAAGAUUACCAACUACUGGACGCAAUACAGGAUUGCCAGAUCUGCCUCCCGCUAUGGGCAACAUUUCCUUGCCGCAACAAUCUAUCAAGGUCUCACGAAACGAGUUUCUUCUGAAAGCCUGCGCUUCUAUCUAACUGCUAUGGGACAGAUAUCUAAAGCAGAUUGCGUGCUAUGUUACGGAGUUCCCUUUGAAAGUCUCGGGGGCAGUGUUCCUGGUUCACUCGCUACUGAUAUAGUUCAAUUGCCACUGCUGGAUCGCAUCGAUAAGGGUGUGAAUUUAUAUUGCAUGGCAUGGUCCACACUGAUAGCAACGUCUUCACCGGAGCAUCCAAUGAGUUUCCAAUCGGAGGUCAUUACACUGCGUUGUCAUUUUCUGCUAGCGCUUUACAGCAUUGUAGUGUCGAAGAACUCGAUGUGCAUUACGCCACCGUCUGCAAUUUCGAGUACGCUGGCGCUGAGCUUGCGUGAUCCUUUGUUGAAAUUCGGCCACGUGACGAAUCAACUACGCAAAAAUACCAGAAUAAUGAAAUCUUGUGAACAAUCUUACGAUAAGCUUCUUAAAAAGUCACUCGAUGCCGAUCCGUGCUCGUUAGAGUACCUGAAAAGCAUGAAAUUCUUAUGCUCGAUAUUCCAAUCGUCAAUUGAGGUGAUCUCUUUCCUGACUCCGGCAGAUCCACUCAGACAUCCCCCGUGCUGCACACACCCGGAAACCAAUCAUUUACUUACCAUUUCUCACUUUGUGACAGAACAGUUGCGAACAUUGCCAAACGAAGUGGGACUGGCAAAAACGAUCACCAGCAAGCACAUGGAUAUACUUAUGAAGCAAAUUGAAGUGGUUACUAAAUCGCCGUUUUGCAUGCCAAGAUACUUCUUCCAGGCAUUGCAAAAUACCCCCCUGGUGGUGCCUCAAGCUGGACCCACACAAGGCAAGCGAACGGAUUUAAGUGCAGCUUAACAUCGUCAUCAGAACUUCAUAUUGAAUUGAAAAACUAGCAGAACAGUGGUUCUCAGAUGUAGUGUAAAAAUAGAAAUAAAUUGUUA